GUGGUUCUAAACAAUCAUAUCAUCAUGAUUACAACCUCUCCCUUUCUUCACUCUAUCCUCUUCUUCUCCAUUCUUCUGUUCCUUCCUUCCAUUUCUGCUCUCAAUCUCGAAGGAAUCACACUCCUUUCUUUCAAACACUCUCUAUCCCACCAGCCUUCACUCCUCCAAAACUGGAACCAAUCGGACCCCACCCCAUGUUCAUGGUCCGGCGUCACAUGCUCCCCAAAACCCGGUCCAGUCACCGGUUUAUCAUUACCAAACUCCCACCUCUCCGGUUCAAUCCCAAUCGAGUUAGCCCGUCUUAAACGACUUCGUGUUCUUAAUCUCUCCAACAAUUCACUCAACGGAACUCUUCCCAUUUCGGUUUUUACUGCAUUUCGAAGUCUUCGCGUUCUUAAUCUUUCAAAUAAUUAUUUAACCGGCGGGAUUCCCGCCGGGUUUGAUUCUGUAAACGUUUUGGAUUUAAGUUCCAACUCGUUUAGUGGUGCGUUACCUCUUCUAUUCGGUGGAGAAAGUUUGAAUUACUUGAAUCUCUCCCACAAUAAACUUUCUGGCUCUGUGUUUCCGGAAUUCGCAGAGCAAAUUCCGGCAAACGCUGUCGUUGACCUCUCGUUUAACAGCUUCACCGGCGAAAUCCCACAUUCGUUGUCUAAUCAGAAAACCGAGUAUUUCGCGGGAAAUGCAGAUUUGUGUGGGAAACCACUAAUGAAAACAUGCACAGUUCCUUCAACACAUUCGUUUCCUCCGAAUGUUACUUUAGACAGUUUUGCUACUCCUGCGAUUGCAGCGAUUCCGAAGUACGUCGGAGAGCCGGAUAAACAGAGUGGCCGGAAAGUGAAUUCAUGGAAGAUAGUAGCUAUUGUGGUCGGAGAUGUUGCUGCUGUAGUGAUACUAGUUGUUGUUUUCUUUCACGCGUAUCAAUUCCGGAAGAAGAGGAAGAUGAAUCAAAACCCGAAAGAAUUCGUAGCCGUCGGGUUUGAUGAAUCUAGAGCUUGCUCCUGCUUCGGCUGUGGAACCGUGGAAGAAUCAUCAGAUACGGAAACGUUAUCCGAAUCCGUAGGAUUUGAACCCGUAAAAAACGACCAGGAAAAUAAAUGUUUGGUUAUGGUGGAUGGAGAAACGGAGCUCGAAAUGGAGACGUUACUGAAGGCGUCAGCGUAUAUACUGGGUUCAAGCGGUGGGAGCAUAGUGUAUAAAGCUGUGGUGGGUGGUGAUGCAGGGGUGGCAUUUGCUGUUCGAAGGUUGGCAGAGUGUAGAGUCGAGAAAAUGAAGGAUUUUGAGAAGAUUGUUAGGGCUAUGGGUAAGCUUUGUUGGAUAAUCUUGACAUGGGUUGUGGGCUUAACUGGGUCAGAAGUGUUUUACAAGUCUCUUCCAUCUUUUCUUUUGCAAGUCUCGUUCUUCUACAUAUUCAUCACUAUACAUUACCUGUGUUCUUUUGUAAAGAAAAUGGCCGGUGAUAAGAAAACGGAAGAAGGUAAUACGAUUGUACCCGUAAGUAGCCAAGGUAGCAGUAGCAUAUCGUUGCAAUGUCCGAAAUUGACGGACACAAAUUACACUUCGUGGGCGAUUUUGGUCGAAACAAUCCUACGGGCGAACGGUCUUUGGGAGGCGAUAGAUCCGGUCACUGGAGCUACUGUGGAAGACAAGAAAAAUUACACAACUAAAGCUAUAAUUUUUCAGUCUUUACCGGAGGAUGUUUUGCUUCUGGUCGCAAAACACAAGUACGCAAAGGACGUGUGGGAUUCAAUCAAGGUUCGUUAUCUAGGGGCUGAUAGAGUUCAGAAAGCUCGGCUAUCGAUUUUAAGAAGCGAUUUGGAAAAGCUAAAAAUGAAGGAGAGUGAGACACUAGACGAGUAUGCGGGAAAGAUAAGCGGGAUUGAAGCGAAGUUCAAGAACUUAGGAUCGACUCUUGAAGACGCAACUAUGGUAAGAAAGUUGUUAAAUUCCGUUCCUAGGAAAUAUAUGCAGAUCGUGGCGUCUAUUGAGCAGUACUCGGAUGUCGAUACGAUGCCGUUUGAAGAGGCGGUCGGGCGAUUGAAGACGUACGAAGAAAGGCUUAAAUCCCAUGAUGACGAAGAAAAUGAUCAAGGCCAAUUAUUGCUUACAAAGGAAGAUUGGGAGGAAAGAACUAGGCGGGGUGAUUUUGAUCAACCCGGACAAGGACGUGGUCGUGGUCAAGGUAGAGGUCGCGGUUAUGGUAGAGGUCGAGGUGGUCGGUUCCAAAGCAAUGAAGACCGAAAGGAUCAAGGUUGGUUGACCGAAUUCUAUGGAUAUGCAGUUGAGAAAGUGUACCAAGUCUCUUCCAUCUUUUCUUUUGCAAGUCUCGUUCUUCUACAUAUUCAUCACUAUACAUUACCUGUGUUCUUUUGUGAGUUAAACUUGGAGCUUAAAUCCUACAUUCGACACCGGAAUUUGGUGAAGGUUCGGGGGUUUUAUUGGGGGGAAGAAGAGAAGCUUGUGAUAUAUGAUUAUGUAUCCGGUGGAAACUUGGCCGGCGCUGCUUACGAAAAGGUUGGAUCGUCUUCAUGUCAUACAUUAUCUUUUGAGGUGCGGCUCAAGAUAGCAAAAGGGAUAGCCAAGGGACUAUCUUACAUUCAUGAGAAAAAACAUGUUCAUGGUAAUAUGAACCCUAACAACAUCCUUUUGACAUCUGAAAUGGAUCCUGUGAUCAGUGAUUUUGGAUUAGAGUGGUUGAUAUCAGGUAAAACCAAUUAUGCAUGCGACAAAUCACGCAACGACACAAUAAUGUGUCGUGAUCAUCUUCAUCGUCAUCAUUAUCAAGCACCUGAGUCAUUGAAAACCUUUAAAUCUAACCCCAAGUGGGACGUUUAUGCGUUUGGGAUUAUUUUGCUUGAACUUUUUUCGGGAAAGGGCUUUUCAGAUAAAGAGUUAGCUAUGUGGAACACGAACUUGACGAUCGCUGACAUGGAGACCAAUAUUCUAAGGGUAACUGACCAGUUUAUAACUAGUAUGGACAUGCAUGGUACAAAAGAUUCUAUUUUGAGAUGUUUUGAAUUAGGGUUUAGUUGUGCAUCAUUGGUCCCACACAAGCGACCUUCGAUGAAAGAGGCUUUGCAUGUGCUUGAAAAGAUCCCAAGCCCGUCAUGAUUAGGAUGAUGAUUGAAAUGGAAGACGUGUGCAAAGGUCACCAUUUUGUGUCUUUUGAUCUUGAGUUUUUGUUGUAGAUGUUGAAGUGUGAACAUGUGUGACAGUUGACCUAAGCUAAUUUAGGUUUGACCUUUUAAUUCAUUAAUGACAAUGUAGCUCUUAUUUGUUGAUUGUUGAGUUGUAAUUGGGAAGUGUUUGUUUCUAAAA